GAUUCGAAGCAAUUGUUGCAUUAAGCAUUUUAGCCUACCCCCCCCUCAUUAUUUUUCCUCUUUCCUUUGUCUUUUAAAUCUGAAAGAAGAAGAAGAAGAACACAAACCAAGUUUUUCUUUUUAUUCAACUUUUUAGGUGUAUGUAAUCUUCUAAUAGUCAUAGAUAGAUGAAUCUAGAUAUCUCGUUAUAGUUGGGAAUUAAUUGCAGAGAGAGAGAGAGCGAUAGAGAUCGAUCGAGGAGGUUACAAAAAAUCAUCAUUUAAGAGGUUGUAAUGAAUUACCCACAAUCCAGGAUACCCCCCCUUCCUUAACACAACAAAAUUCAACUCCUCCCUUUUCUCUCUAAUGUGUUGUGAUUUUCCCGGGAAAAAUCUUCAUGCGCUUGUUGUCUUUGCUUUCCCUUUUUUCAUAAGAGUCAUGUGUUUCUUGUCUUCCUAACUAUACCUUCAUCUUCAGUUUUGUUCCAUUGGAGCUUAUCUCUUAAUAGAUCACCACACACAAAAAGAUCAAACCUUUACCUAAAUUUUUCAAUAAUGGAAGAAGUAUCAUCAUCGAUCGCUGGACCUUUCAGACCAUUCUCCGAAACCCAGAUGGAUUUCACAGGGAUCAGGUUGGGUAGAGGUUACUGCAUCAGCAGCAACCAACAACAAUACUCAACUCAAGGAGGCUCCGAGAACGGAGGAGAUCUAACCUCAUGCUCUGUUUCCGCGUCUCACGGUUCUGAAUCUAGGAAAGUUUUGAUUUCUCGGAUCAAUUCUCCUAAUCUAAACAUGAAGGAAUCAGCAGCUGCUGAUAUAGUCGUCGUUGAUCCAAUCUCCUCCGACAACAACAACGGCUCAGAUGUUCAGAGGGAGAAAAAGAUGAUGAUUAGCAGAACAGAGAGUAGGAGUCUGUUUGAAUUCAAGAGUAUUCCUUUAUACGGUGUGACUUCGAUCUGUGGACGAAGACCUGAGAUGGAAGAUGCUGUCUCCACCAUUCCUAGGUUCCUUCAGAGCUCUGAUUCGUUACUUGAUGGUGGUCGUUUUAAUCCUCAGUCAACUGCUCAUUUCUUUGGUGUUUACGACGGUCAUGGUGGUUCUCAGGUAGCGAACUAUUGUAGAGAGAGGAUGCAUUUGGCUUUAGCGGAGGAGGUAGCUAAGGAGAAACCUAUGCUCUGUGAUGGUGAUACGUGGCUGGAGAAGUGGAAGAGAGCUCUUUUCAAUUCUUUCUUGAGAGUUGACUCUGAGAUUGAGUCUGUUGCCCCGGAGACGGUUGGGUCAACGUCUGUGGUCUCCGUUGUUUUCCCGACUCAUAUCUUUGUUGCUAACUGCGGUGACUCCAGAGCCGUUCUUUGCCGUGGCAAAACUGCGCUUCCUUUAUCCGUUGACCACAAACCGGAUAGAGAAGAUGAAGCGGCGAGGAUUGAAGCCGCGGGAGGGAAAGUGAUCCAGUGGAACGGAGCUCGUGUUUUUGGUGUUCUCGCCAUGUCAAGAUCAAUUGGCGAUAGAUACUUGAAACCGUCCAUCAUUCCUGAUCCGGAAGUGACGGCUGUGAAGAGAGUUAAAGAAGAUGACUGUCUGAUUCUUGCGAGUGACGGGGUUUGGGAUGUAAUAACGGAUGAGGAAGCGUGUGAGAUGGCGAGGAAGCGGAUUCUCUUGUGGCACAAGAAAAAUGCGGUGGCUGGGGAUGCGUCGUUGCUCGCGGAUGAGCGGAGAAAGGAAGGGAAAGAUCCCGCGGCGAUGUCUGCUGCUGAGUAUUUGUCGAAGCUGGCGAUACAGAGAGGAAGCAAAGACAACAUAAGUGUGGUGGUGGUUGAUUUGAAGCCUCAGAGGAAACUCAAGAGCAAACCCUUGAACUGAGGCAGAGAGGGUCCUUUUUCUUAAUUUUUUAAAAAUGAAUAUGGGUCUCUCAAAAAAUAUUUACUAUUAAUUUGUGCUUAUUGUUGUUAAAUUAUUAUUUUUUUUAACUAACAAGCUUUAUGAGAUAAUGUAGCUUAAUGUGUUAAAGCUCAUUGUCUUGACGUUCUAAAACAGCCCCUUGUAUU